CGCAAAUAAACCCGGAAGUUCUACGUUCUCUUUCAUUUAGACAUUUGACGCGUGUAACUAAAGCAGUGAGACAAACUCACCCCUGUCAUUUCUAUAGCUUUUUUUGGCCGUGUUUGUGCACUUUGAUUUAAAAUGCCUCUUAAAUUUGAGUUAUGCCCUGGUCGCAUGAUCGGAGGAAACAACCCGUGUUUCAUUAUUGCAGAAAUCGGACAGAAUCCAGGGGACAUUGAAAUCGCCAAGAAAAUGAUCAAGAUGGCAAAGGACUGCGGGGCAGACUGUGCGAAGUUUCAGAAGAGUGAGCUGGAGUAUAAGUUCAAUAAGAAAGCGCUGGAGCGGCCGUACACCUCCAAACACUCCUGGGGAAAAACAUACGGAGAGCACAAGCGCCAUCUAGAGUUCAGCCAUGAGCAGUACAGAGAGCUGCAGCAGUACGCGAAAGAAGUGGGCAUCUUCUUCACUGCGUCUGGAAUGGACGAGAUGGCUGUAGAAUUCCUGCAUGAGCUCAAUGUGCCUUUUUUCAAAGUUGGAUCUGGAGACACCAACAACUUCCCCUACCUCAAGAAAACUGCCCAAAAAGGACGUCCUAUGGUUGUAUCCAGUGGGAUGCAGUCCAUGGAGACCAUGCGGCGCGUUUACGAGACCGUGAAGGAACACAACCAAAACUUCUGCAUCCUGCAGUGCACAAGCGCAUAUCCGCUGGAACCUGAGGACGUCAACCUGCGGGUUAUCAUGGAAUAUCAAAAAGAAUUUCCUGACAUUCCCAUUGGUUACUCAGGCCACGAAAGCGGGAUCAGCAUCACUGUGGGGGCAGUUGCACUGGGAGCAAAGGUCGUGGAGCGGCAUGUGACCUUGGACAAGACCUGGAAGGGCAGCGAUCAUGCGGCAUCUCUGGUGCCAGAAGAGCUGGCGGAGCUGGUGCGAUCCAUCCGCACUGUGGAGAGAGCUUUGGGCACUGGGCUGAAACGCAUGCUGCCCUGUGAGGUGCCAUGCCAUGAUAAGCUCGGGAAGUCUGUGGUUGCAAAGACAGCCAUCCCGAAAGGUACAGAACUAACCCUUGACAUGCUGACUGUGAAAGUAGCUGAACCCAAGGGUGUAGCUCCGGAAGACAUCUUCCAGCUGGUGGGGAAGAAAGUGACGAUAGAUUUCGAGGAGGAUGAGAGCAUCACUGAGGAUGCAGUCGACAACUAUGGGAAAAAAGCCAAAGCCUGAGGAAAACUGGCUCUGCAUGUGAUUCUUGAUCAGACUGGAAAUAAAUGUACGUUUUAGCCAAAAUAAAAUGAAUUAUUCAAGAGCCACAGUUAAAAUGGCACUGUUUUAUCUGUCAGCCAGACAAAGUCAGAUGCAACAAUACAAAAUGCUGUAUAUAUCAUCAGACCCAUUUUUUUUCUGUUUAUGUGGGUUAUUAUUUGCCAAAUACUGUUACUGAAUAAAUAAGAUAGAAACAAUGGAAA